AACAGAUGAGCUGAUAUUUAAGGUCCCAGUAGCAACAGACUGGCUCCCAGCAGCCUGUAUGGGACAGACCAGUCCGGCACAGUCCUCGUCUCCUCUGUGGAUACAGGUCCUGGAUCUGCAGAAGAUUUAAGACAUCCAAAAUGUCAGCUGGUGAGGCCUUCGUCACCUUGGCAACCACAGACUCAUACUGUAAGGGAGCUACAGUGGUGGCCAGAUGUUUACGGCGUCACGGGACGACACGCAGCAUCGUCGUCAUGGUAACAUCAAACGUCUCAGAACAGUCACGGCUUGCCCUUGAGGACGUGUUCGAUGAGGUCAUCACAGUGGACCCGAUGGACAGCGAGGACCGUGUACACCUGGCCUCGCUGGGACGUCCUGAGCUCGGCAUCACCUUCACCAAGAUCCACUGCUGGUCUCUGACCCGCUACAGUAAAUGUGUCUUCCUGGACGCCGACACACUCGUUCUGUGUAACGUGGACGAGCUGUUUGAGAGAGAUGAGCUGUCGGCGGCUCCCGAUCCCGGCUGGCCGGACUGCUUCAACUCCGGCGUGUUCGUGUUCAGACCGUCCGUCCACACCCACAGUGCCCUCCUGGAUCACGCCCUGCAGCACGGCAGCUUCGAUGGAGGAGACCAGGGCCUGUUGAACUCCUUCUUCAGUAGCUGGCCGGUGGAAGACAUCCGUAAACACCUGCCGUUUGUCUACAACCUCAGUGCCAGCUCCUUCUACAGCUACCUCCCUGCUUUCCAAAAGUUUGGCCACGGCGCGAAGAUCGUCCAUUUCUUAGGAGCGGUGAAACCCUGGAGCUGCAGCAGCCAGAGGGACGACAGCCGCUCGCACACCAUGCAACGGUUUGUGUCUCUGUGGUGGAAGGAAUACCUCAGUUGCACAACAUCGCCUGCACCAGGGAAACCACAACAGAUCCAAGAACGAGAAGCCGAGAUGCCAUUUAGAGAAAACCUGGACGGUUCCGACUCACUGCCCGCCCCCCCUUCUGAGAGGCUUCAUUCACCGCCUCAACCAGAGACAUGUUCCCACGCAGAUAACACAUUGGAGGAAGAGUCCAGAGCGUCUGAGAGGACGGAGAUCCAGGACCCAGCUUGUGAAUCAGAGGGGUCGGAGGGCAGCGCUCGCUCCUCAGACUUUCAUCCACAUCCUAGGGCUGCAGACACAGAGACGGAGGCAGAGGCGGAGGCAGAGACGGAGGCAGAGCACGAGGCGGAGGCGGAGGCAGAGACAGAGGCGGAGCGGCUGGAGCAGCGCAGGCUGUGGGAGGCCGGGCAGGCCGACUACCUGGGCAGAGACGCCUUCCAUAACAUCCAGAAGAUGCUGGACCGCUUUCUGGAUUAACUGAGAAACAACUAUGGCACUCUAUAGGGAUCUGUUGAUAAUAUCGUUUUAUCUUUGAAGUUUAUAUUGAAGAAUUGUUUAAACUAUAUAGUACUGUAUGAAGCACAUUUGUAUGGUGUUAAACAUACAUUUUUAAAGUACUCCAGGUAAAUAGUUGUCGUGUCUACUUUGGCUCCGUGUCAGAAUUUCUUAUCCACUUUUGUUGUUUACGCUCCGAUGCAUUCUAUAAUACCUAAUUUAUAGCCUCUGAUGCAAUAUCAGGAUUUAGAUUAUCUGUUGCAUAAACCUACAGUAUCACAAACUGAAACUAAAUAAAAACAAUAUCCUUUAAGACUAAAACUAAACUGAAAAAACUAAUAAAAUAAAAUACAAAUCAACAUAAAUUAAUUUCAGUUCUAGUUUUUUUUUCAGCUCUAAUAUAUCACUACCAAAAAAAAAAAGAGAUUGCAUUGCUUCUUGUUCUUCCCUGUGCAGUAGUUCAUAUUUAAACAGUGUAAUGUCUAAUGCUUGUGCUCUGCAGUAAUAAAUACUGAACGAUACCACUGACAUGGAAGAAGAAGAUAUUGAAACAUUCAGUAAGGCUUUAUUUUACAGGUCCCAUGGUUUCCUGGUUGUUUCCUGGAGAGAAACUGACAUGUGACAGUACUAAGGAAGGCUCAUGGUUAUUGGUAAUAACGGGGAAAGUGGAGACAGAGCUCGAUUAAUCGCGAGAGUCUUUUAGUCAGUGACAAACUAACACAUAUGGAGAACAAGUGAAUAUUUACUUUAAUGAAUCUGACACUUUUUCCAUCAUUAAAGGGUAACUUUUCUUAUUUUUCAA